AAGGUUUGUAUGACUGCUCUCUCUUGAUAUCUCUGAACAAUUAUGUCACAUUUGACUUUCUCCUGUAUAUCUCUCUGUCACACUUUCUCCUAUACUCAGAAUGGUGGUACUCCACUCUAUGUAGCCUGUCAGAAUGGACAGAAGCAGACAGUUGUUGUUCUGUUGAAGAAUGGAGCAAAUGUUAAUCUGACCUGCACAGUUGAUCCUCUCUCAACUCCUCUGGGGAUAGCUGCUGAAAAAGGUCACACAGAGAUUGUGGAGAAACUGAUAUCAGCUGGAGCUGUCAUCAACUACCAGGACAAGGAUGGUUGUACUCCACUCUAUGUGGCCUGUCAGAAUGGACACAAGCAGACAGUUGACGUUCUGUUGAAGAAUGGAGCAAAUGUUAAUCUGACCUGGACAGUUGGUCUUCUCUCAUCUCCUCUGGAGAGAGCUGCUGAAAGUGGUCACACAGAGAUUGUUGAGAAACUGAUAUCAGCUGGAGCUGUCAUCAACUACCAGGACAAGAAUGGAGCAACUCCACUUAUUUUUGCCGGUUGCAAUGGACACCUGGAAGUAGUUAGACUCCUGCUAGAAUCUGGAGCUAAAGAUCUACCUUAUAAGGAUGGACGUACUGCCAUGAGUUUCGCAAGAGCUGAAGGUCAUCAGCAAAUAGUCAAACUUCUACAGCAGUACAAAGUUUAAACUACGUCUCUCGACUCUAACACUGUAGCCUAGUUCUAUAGCUACUACAUAUAGGUUAUCAGCAACUUAUCUUCUACAGGAGUAGCUACAAUAUUUAAAGGAAAUAACACUCUAAUUAACACUGUAGCUUAUCUCUUUACUAUACUACAUACCAGACUUACUGAAUUGUCUAUUUCCUCCUUUUUACAGCUUUUAAAUACUGUGUUGUUGCUUAUUUUUGUAUGUCAGCGUAGUUAGCAUACAAUCUGUACUCUAUGGUUUUGAUUUUGCUACACCAUGAUAUCAGUGAUUUGCAUGUUAGAUGCGCUUGCCACACAGGUAGAUGCUCAUACAACCACCAUGUAAAUGAACUAUUUACACUGUGUGUUGGGUAUUGGAGGAUGGAUAGUCCUAGAGUUUGGGAGGCGUGUACCAACCUCACCGCAUAUGGCUGCCUAGUGGUCCGAAGUGUAUGCAUCAUUAACUGUUGACCCACCUCUUUCUACUAGAAGAGUAUAGUAUAGGGUUUCUGUCUUAACUACAUAAGUUGCAGAAAUAGUAGGGGACAUAGGAUGCAUGGCAGCUAAGCAAGGCGCUAAUGUUAGAGAGGGACAGAAUGCAUGUGUGUA